GCUGCCGCUGAGCAGCUUCGCCUUCGCCUCUCGCGUUUCCUGUCGCUCGUCCUCCCCCGGCCAGGCUCCGGGCGGGAGAGAGGCGCAGAGCGCACACGGGGGCGGGCAGAGGCGGCCCGGUACCGGGCGACCGCGCCGGAGAGAGGCGCACAGAGACGCUGCCCCCACCUUUCCGCGUUUGCUCGCUCGCUCCCCGCCUCCCGCACUCUGCUCGCUCCCACCCCUUCCCGGCGUGAUUGAUCCGUCACGGGCGCUGCCGUUGCCGCCGCCACCGCGGCCGUUCUAAGCCGAGCAAGAGCCCGAGCCGGAGCCCGGGCCGGGCCGGCGCCAUUGCGCGGGCGCCGCGGGGAGAGCUUGGCGCGGGGCGGCGGGCCGGGCCAGGCCAUGCGGGCCGAGUGAGCCGGCGCCCGCAGCCCGCGGCGCGGCAUGGCUUCCCCGCGGAGCUCCGGGCAGCCCGGGCCGCCGCCGCCGCCGCCACCGCCGCCCGCACGCCUGCUGCUUCUCCUGCUGUUGCCGCUGCUGCUGCCUCUGGCGCCCGGGGCCUGGGGUUGGGCGCGGGGUGCCCCCCGGCCGCCGCCCAGCAGCCCGCCGCUCUCCAUCAUGGGCCUCAUGCCGCUCACCAAGGAGGUGGCCAAGGGCAGCAUCGGACGCGGCGUGCUCCCCGCGGUGGAAUUGGCCAUCGAGCAGAUCCGCAACGAGUCGCUCCUGCGCCCCUACUUUCUAGAUCUGCGGCUGUACGACACCGAGUGUGAUAAUGCAAAAGGCUUGAAAGCCUUCUACGAUGCAAUAAAAUACGGACCGAACCAUCUGAUGGUGUUUGGAGGCGUCUGUCCAUCUGUGACGUCCAUUAUUGCAGAGUCCCUCCAAGGCUGGAAUCUGGUGCAGCUUUCUUUUGCUGCUACCACACCUGUCCUAGCUGAUAAGAAAAAAUACCCUUAUUUCUUUCGGACCGUCCCAUCAGACAAUGCAGUGAACCCAGCCAUCCUGAAGCUAUUGAAGCAUUACCAGUGGAGGCGCGUGGGCACGCUGACGCAGGAUGUGCAGAGGUUCUCAGAGGUGAGGAACGACCUGACGGGGGUUCUAUAUGGCGAGGACAUCGAGAUUUCGGACACAGAGAGCUUCUCCAACGAUCCCUGCACCAGUGUGAAAAAGCUGAAGGGGAAUGACGUGCGGAUCAUCCUUGGCCAGUUUGACCAGAAUAUGGCAGCAAAAGUGUUCUGUUGUGCAUACGAGGAGAACAUGUAUGGUAGCAAAUACCAGUGGAUCAUCCCGGGCUGGUACGAGCCUUUCUGGUGGGACCAGGUGCACAUGGAAGCCAACUCAUCCCGCUGCCUCCGUAAGAACCUGCUUGCUGCCAUGGAGGGCUACAUUGGUGUGGACUUUGAGCCUCUGAGUUCCAAACAGAUCAAGACCAUCUCGGGAAAGACUCCACAGCAGUAUGAGAGAGAGUACAACAGUAAACGGUCAGGUGUGGGACCCAGCAAGUUCCACGGGUACGCCUACGACGGUAUCUGGGUCAUCGCCAAGACUCUGCAGAGGGCCAUGGAGACGCUGCACGCCAGCAGCCGGCACCAGCGGAUCCAGGACUUCAACUAUACGGACCACACGCUGGGCAGAAUCAUCCUCAAUGCCAUGAAUGAGACCAACUUCUUCGGGGUCACGGGUCAAGUUGUGUUCCGGAAUGGUGAGAGAAUGGGAACCAUUAAAUUUACUCAAUUUCAAGACCGCAGGGAAGUGAAGGUGGGAGAGUACAACGCAGUGGCCGACACUCUGGAGAUCAUCAAUGACACCAUCAGGUUCCAAGGAACUGAACCACCAAAAGACAAGACUAUCAUACUCGAGCAGCUCCGUAAGAUCUCCCUACCUCUCUACAGCAUUCUCUCAGCCCUCACCAUCCUCGGCAUGAUCAUGGCCAGUGCUUUUCUCUUCUUCAACAUCAAGAACCGGAAUCAGAAGUUGAUAAAGAUGUCUAGUCCAUAUAUGAACAACCUUAUUAUCCUUGGAGGAAUGCUCUCUUAUGCAUCUAUAUUUCUCUUUGGGCUUGAUGGAUCUUUUGUUUCCGAAAAGACCUUUGAAACACUUUGCACUGUCAGAACCUGGAUUCUCACCGUGGGCUACACAACCGCCUUUGGGGCAAUGUUUGCAAAGACAUGGAGGGUCCACGCCAUCUUCAAAAAUGUGAAAAUGAAGAAGAAGAUCAUCAAGGACCAGAAGCUGCUCGUGAUUGUGGGGGGCAUGUUGCUGAUCGACUUGUGCAUCCUGAUUUGCUGGCAGGCUGUGGACCCCCUGAGGAGGACAGUGGAGAAGUACAGUAUGGAGCCGGACCCAGCCGGCCGAGACAUCUCCAUCCGCCCUCUCCUGGAACACUGUGAGAACACCCACAUGACCAUCUGGCUCGGGAUCGUCUAUGCCUACAAGGGGCUUCUCAUGUUGUUCGGUUGUUUCUUAGCUUGGGAGACCCGCAACGUCAGCAUCCCAGCACUCAAUGACAGCAAGUACAUCGGGAUGAGUGUCUACAAUGUGGGCAUCAUGUGCAUCAUCGGGGCUGCCGUCUCCUUCCUGACCCGGGACCAGCCCAAUGUGCAGUUCUGCAUAGUGGCUCUGGUCAUCAUCUUCUGCAGUACCAUCACCCUCUGCCUGGUGUUUGUGCCCAAGCUCAUCACCCUGAGAACAAACCCAGACGCAGCAACUCAGAAUCGGCGAUUCCAGUUCACUCAGAAUCAGAAGAAAGAAGAUUCUAAAACGUCCACCUCAGUCACCAGCGUGAACCAAGCAAGCACAUCUCGCCUGGAGGGCCUGCAAUCAGAAAACCAUCGGCUACGAAUGAAGAUCACAGAGCUCGAUAAAGACUUAGAAGAGGUCACCAUGCAGCUGCAGGACACACCAGAAAAGAGCACAUACAUUAAACAGAACCACUACCAAGAGCUGAAUGACAUCCUCAACCUAGGCAACUUCACGGAGAGCACAGACGGUGGAAAGGCCAUUUUAAAAAAUCACCUCGAUCAAAACCCCCAGCUGCAAUGGAAUACAACAGAGCCCUCUCGAACAUGCAAAGACCCAAUAGAGGAUAUAAACUCCCCAGAACACAUCCAGCGCCGGCUGUCCCUCCAGCUCCCCAUCCUCCACCACGCCUACCUCCCAUCCAUCGGAGGCGUGGACGCCAGCUGUGUCAGCCCCUGCGUCAGCCCCACCGCCAGCCCCCGCCACAGACAUGUGCCACCCUCCUUCCGAGUCAUGGUCUCGGGCCUGUAAGGGCGGGGGGCCUGGGGCCGGGGCCUCCUCCAUGUCAGAACCACAUCAGGCAGAGGCAUCUGCUGCAGGAACCCUGUCGGCUCUGGCUUCAGAGAGCUGGGUGUGCCGCUGGCCUCACGGGACUACUCGGAGGACACUCAGGUGGACAGGAUGGGGGGACUUGGCACCUGACCUCGAGCCUUAUUUGUGAAGUUUUUAUUCUUUCACAAAGAAGAGGAAUGGAAAUGACUUCUCCCUUAAUGUCUGCAACAAGGAGGAGCAGGAAUAUUGGAAACUGGCAAAUAAACAAUUCUAGAUGAGGAGGGAGGCACUGGGACUCCAGCUAGAAGUUACGGAGUCGAGGGGCCCACACAGCCUUGGGAGAGGAGAGGAGCUUCUGGAGAAAACACCUCUGCGCUCUGUCCACUCAUCCCUGACUGCAGACCCUCAGGCCAGCCCUUCUCCAUCUGGGGGAGGAGGCCCCCAGCAGCCAGUCCAACCCACUCCAGCCUUCCUAGGACAGGGAGUCUGCAGGACCGGCAGACAGGCACAGCCCAGGGUGGGCAGGCCGAGGGCUGGGUUACUGGAGGCCACAGGCCUCCUAGUGGGACCUCCAUCUGAGAUGUUUGUUACUGUCUGAUAAAUGCCACCCAUUAACACAAUAACACCCGUUCCGGGACAGUGGGGAUUUAGGGCACGUCACUCUUUGGACACCAUACUGCAGCAUUCACCGACAGUCCACCAUGCACCCACCAUGUUGGCCGCGUCCUUGUGUUCAUAACAGGUGUUCCCAGUAAUAAGGGGACCACCCGAGCUAGUCAUGGAAUGUCUGUUCCCAACAAGCUCCAUCAGGAAAGAUUGUGCACUUUAACCUCUCUCAUGAGGGCCCAAGGGCUGGCUGGCAGUUUUUUUCCCACUGACUUUAUUUCUGACCAAAGUGAAUCGGGGGCAUUCUUCAAAAAGACAUCCCUAUAGUCAUAGGAGAGAGAGCUGCUGGCUGGGGGCUUCCCGUGAUUUCCGGAAGGUCACCUUCCAUUCAUCCAGGCCCCUGGGGACCACUGGUGUUGACCAGUCAGCACACUGAAGACCAAGCUUCCCUUUUAACUGAACCCCACAGAGCACUGGCCUGGGAGUCAGACAGACCUAGGUUCAAGUCCUCACCCCACUGUUGACUCCCCGUGUGACCCUGGGCAAGUCACUCAUGUGUUUCUGAGCCUCAGUUUCCUCUCUAACAAAAUGGACUUGAAACAAGACCUGUCCUGCCUACCUCACAGGGUCACUCUGAGGAUCAAACCUUGAUCUCAUCCAAGAAAGCUUUCUACCACACAGCGACGACGCGGCCCUGACCGAGAGGUAUGGAUGUGACCAUGACCUUCAGCCCUCACCACAACAGGGUGUAAUCCAGAGAAGGAAGCUCCCAGCACAGCCCUCUACCCAGACCACCCCGCUGGAGCACGGCCCCACCGGCUUUCCCCACCUUCCUAGACAGGUUCAGUUUUGGCUAAAGAAAGGCCUGUAGGACAAUGUCCGAGACGACUGCACAUCAGAGCAGGUGGCUCACCUUCUAAAGAAACUUAAUGGCAGCUUCAACAGGCAGGCAAUAAUCUCUUCCCAGAGCCACUGUUGUCACCAGGCUUUGACAAAAGGACCCACCGGAACCUUACCAUCGCCAACAUUUCACGACACCCUAUUGCACGAGGACAGCUUUCCCCUCCCUUCCCCCAGAGAGAAGUUAUGGAGGAACUGUAGCUUUUAGGGGGGAAAAAAAAAAAUUUUAGCACAUCACAGGUCAAGUUGAAGUCCUUCUCUGUUUUUAGGCACUAAAAAUCGGUGUUGUCACUCACUGUGUAUUACCAGUAUUUACUUGCUUUCUUGAUUUCACCCAAGCCAGAUUUAAUUUCAAGGACACACAUUAAUUUUUCAAAGGGAAAGAGACAAUUAACUGUACAUAAUGUAUACACACAAAAAAUACCUGUAGAAAUAUUAUUCCAGCAUAGCAGGGGGGGAAAAUCACAAAUAUCGGGCUGUCGGAGGUGAGUGUGUGUCUGUGACCCUUCGUGACCCCUGAACAUUGGCAUCUCCUACACUCACCCACGAGUACAACCUGUGUCUUUAAUGAUGCUGUAGGUUCACCUUUUUUUUUUUUUCCCCAUUUCCCCGCAAAUAACAAGACCCACAGAAGUGACUCUAGUUAUUUAAUUGUUCUUUUUUAUGCAACAAACACACACACCGAACAUUUCGGAAGAGGCUCUGGCCUGAAGACAUUUUCCAAUGAUGUUAGUGCACAAACGCUUUAAAUUAGACUGGAAAUGCCAGAAUCAAAUGUAAAUGAGGACUUUCUCUACCCCUACUGCAUGGUAUCAAUUUUUAAUAAAUUGUUGCAAAUUUGUUUUUAUGAAUAAAAGGGAAAAAGCUGUUGUCUUUAA